AUGUCAGCCGACGACCCCUCCUCAAUCCCCACCUCCACCUCCCGCCUCUCCUCCCGCCCCACCAAACGUCUCCGCGCCUCCUCCCCAACCAGCCUCCAAGCCUCGCACCUGCAACAACUCUUCGCCAAGCCCGACCGAGAAAUCAUCAUCCCGCCUCUCCCCUCGUCCUCCAGCGCCUCUGGCACCUCGCGCCUGCCGCCUCCGCCCGAGAUCGUCACGAACGUGCAGGGUUCCAGUGCUGGUGCGGGAUCAGGUGAAUUCCACGUUUACAAGGCGGCGCGCCGCAGGGAGUAUGAAAGACUAAGAAUCAUGGACGAGGAGGUUGCCAAGGAGAGGGAGAGGGAGGAGUUUGAGAGGAAGAGAGUGGAGAGGGAGAGGGCGGAUGAGGAGAAGACGAGGAGGAAUCGGGAGAAGAGGGAGAAGAAGAAGAAUAAGGGGAAGGGUGGUGGAAAGAAUGGAGGAGGCGGAGGGGGAGGUGUGGUAGGUGGAAGUCAAGGGGGUAAUGGGGCAAAGGCAACUGUGGCGGCUGAGAAUAAAGAGACUGCAAAGGCUGGAGAGGAUGGAGGUGUAAAGGAGAGUACGGCUGUGGCUGGAGCCUCUACGAACGACACAGCUGGUGAGAAGGCCACAAAGGAAGCAGAGAAGCCUGCUUCGACCACAACGGCGGCGAUAGCUCCCGAGGCACCAGUAUCGGCAAAUGGGGAAUCCGGACUGCUCAUCGUUGAAGACGACUGA